GAUGCGACAAUCCAAAUGGCACGAAAAUACCUGAAAAUCAAGCUGAACUGAAGCGACGGCGAGCGGAAUCGGAAUCAUAUCUGAUGUCCAAAAAUGAGAAUGUUACGCACGGAAAAUGGACGGAUGAAGAAAAUUUCAUAUUUCUGCAGCAUAUGGAAAUACACCCAAACGUUCUCAUAGAAAAUAAUUCGGACAUGUCCGCGACUGUUACAGAGUUCACACAAAAUUUUAACUCUACGUUAAUGCAAAUGGGUGUUAUUGAAUCCGGCAGUGGACAGUUGAAAACGGAAAAUCAGAUUAAAAAUAAGAUUAAAAAUGUGAAAAAGAAAAAGGAACUACUAUAUCGUCUAGUUGACGAUGACAUUCGAAAAUCUAUUAACACCAUGAAACAAGACUUAAGUCGAAUAAGG